GAGCAAUCCGCGUGGGUUCGAGUCCCACCGCUGUCAUGAUUCUUUUUAUGAUGUCACCUCUCUUAAUAUAUAAGAGCGCGUCAUUUUCUUUUUGACCUGUCACUUGACUUUGCUGAUCCUCUCGCAAUUUAUCCUCCGGUGCAUUUUAGAUUCAUAAAUCAUCACCUAGUAUCCAUUACUGUGUACUGUCUACCACCACUUGAAUAUUUUACCGAUUGCUAGGGUCGCCGCCGAUACUAUCUAUAUAUCAAUCAGAUCAAAUAUCUAAGGAACCAAGACAGCGAAACAUGUAUUUGGUAAGGGAGUCGAGGUUAAGCUAUUGUCAAUCCCAGUAAACAGCAUUAUUCUAAACUCAUCACCCCCAUAAGACUUCAAGGACAAGAGGAUAAAGAAAUAGAGUGAGUACCGUGGCCUGAUAGUUAAGCCAUUUAGCUACCUCUUGCAAUGUCUCUGUGAUAUGGUCAUUUCUCGUUGCUUUGUCAAAUACAUUCUGCCAACAUGCCACCAAAGCGGGGUCUUAGCCCCCAAUUAGUCGGCAAUCCAUUCAUCAAGAAGAAGAAUUUAGAAUGGACUUUCGAUCUUUCCCGCCCAACCGGCAACAGUGAUGAAGAGAGUAGUUCUGAUGAGAUAGGGAACCACGGAUCCGGGGCGAAGGAAGAGGAACCAAGUGCUUCGGCCGUAGAGGCGGGCAAGGCUAAGAUCGAGGACUAUCUUGGUUACUUCAGCGGGCUCCUGGCGAAAGCUAUACUGUCGCCUUUCCCGGAGGAUAUACCGAGAUUAUCUAUCGGGGCCUACCGGAAACUCUAUGAGCAAAACUCGGGUAAUCCCCGAGGGGCGCAUUUCAUUGUGCAUCAGCAUGAUCAUCCUAUUGCGGGUACUCAUUACGAUCUCCGGUUGCAGAUCAACGAGACAAGUAGCGCGUCCUGGGCUAUCAUGUAUGGGCUCCCAGGUGAUCCAAAUAGCCAACGUUUGAAUAGGAAUGCUACAGAGACAAGAAUCCACUGUCUAUGGAAUCAUCUUAUAGAGACAGCUUCGAUAUCGACCGGCUCUCUUCUCAUCUGGGAUACGGGGACGUACACUAUUCUCUCCCCGCGGGCGAAUAGUAAGCGAGCUAACUGGAACUCGCAAUCCGACGGGGAAGAGGAGUCGCCCGAGUCAACGGAGCAGGAGAAACUCCAUCAGGCAUUCCAGACAAGGAAGAUCCGUAUCCGCCUUAACGGUACACGCUUGCCGCGUGACUACGUGCUAAAUUUGCGGCUCACUAAGGAAGAGGACGUAGCUGGUCGCGCUAAGGGUACACGCACGCCCACGCGACGGCGGAGGCGAGGAGCCUCAGCACAAAGUAGAGGCUCGACCAGGGGCAAAGGAAAAGGUAAGGCAGCCGAGCUAGAGACAACCUCGGACUCGGACUCAGGCGGAGAAGAGCCCGCAGAGAACGAAGAAUCGGGAAUUGUAAACGCGCCCGCCGAGGAGGCAGACCUAGAAGUCGUCUCAGCGAUGGAGCUGGAGAUUCGAGAGCUCGAAGAUGAGCAGGUACGCCGCACGAACGCAUAUACGGGGGCGGAGAAUUCGAUCGGCAGCGUGCAUCAGCGACGGUGGUACUUGUCGCUCGACAGGGAAGCUUGCGGGUUUGUAAAGAAGCGCCGGAGAGCAGCAGGGCGGGUGGUAUGGGAGGCCGAAGAUGUUGGGAAAGGGGAGGAGGAUGUUGGCGACCGCGCGAGAGGUAGACUUACGUUCCCGUUUUACGUCCGCGGUGCUGAGGUUGAGAGAAGCGUUGUCACGGGCCGGACUGGUGCCGACGUGUUGAAGGAUGAGGGUGUUGCUGGGCACGUUGGACGGAAGGGCUGGCGGCCUGUGUUGAAUUGAGUUGGGUGAUGGGAUGAAUGAAUAUGGCGGGUAUACAUACCAUCGAGAUCCUAUCUUUGGAUUCUUUGAGGUUGAGGAAGAUUCCGUAUUACUAUUAGGUUAUGUACCCAAGGUAAGAUAGAAAAGCCUUUCUGUUACUGUGGGAUUAAUACAGUCUACGGGAGUGGCGUAUAGAAUUUAGAAGAAUUAUAUUAGUUACUAUCCG